CUCUGCAAGCAUGUACGCCAAAGGCAAGAGUAGCAACGUGCCGUCCGACAGCCAAGCCAGAGAAAAGUUGGCUCUUUAUGUGUACGAGUACCUGCUGCAUGUAGGAGCACAGAAGUCAGCACAGACAUUUCUCUCAGAGAUCCGAUGGGAGAAGAACAUCACAUUAGGAGAACCUCCGGGGUUCCUCCACUCAUGGUGGUGUGUUUUCUGGGACCUGUACUGUGCAGCUCCAGAGAGAAGAGACACAUGUGAACACUCCAGCGAGGCCAAGGCCUUCCAUGACUACAGUGCUGCAGCAGCUCCCAGCCCCGUCCUGGGGAACCUUCCCCCAGGAGAGGGCAUGCCGGUGGGGCCCGUCCCCCCUGGGUUCUUUCAGCCAUUUAUGUCACCUCGAUACCCCGGAGGACCCAGACCGCCCCUCAGAUUACCGAAUCAGGGACUUGGAGGUGUUCCAGGUAGCCAGCCUAUGUUACCCAGCGGAAUGGAUCCCACAAGACAACAAGGGCAUCCAAACAUGGGAGGACCGAUGCAGAGGAUGACUCCACCCAGAGGAAUGGUACCACUAGGGCCGCAGAACUAUGGAGGUGGAAUGAGACCACCGCUGAAUGCCUUGGUUGGUCCUGGGAUGCCUGGUAUGAGCAUGGGACCUGGUGGAGGAAGGCCCUGGCCAAAUCCUCCAAACUCCAAUUCUACCCCUUACUCUUCCGCAUCUCCAGGAAGCUAUGUGGGACCUCCUGGAGGAGGGGGGCCACCUGGGACACCAAUAAUGCCAAGUCCAGCAGAUUCGACCAACUCUGGUGACAACAUGUACACUAUGAUAAACACAGUCCCUCCAGGUGGAAGCCGACCAAAUUUUCCCAUGGGUGCAGGUAGCGAUGGUCCAUUAGGGGGAAUGGCUGGAAUGGAGCCCCAUCACAUGAAUGGAUCUUUAGGGUCGGGUGAUAUGGACAGUCUGCCCAAGAACUCUCCUGGAAACCUAAGUAUGAGUAACCAGCCUGGGACCCCCAGAGAGGACGGAGAGAUGGGAGGAAACUUCCUUAACCCUUUUCAGAAUGAAAGUUAUUCUCCAAACAUGACGAUGAGCGUGUGAAGGCUCUGGAGGCAGGUUUGCUCAGUCGCUCAGUAACCUGGUGUGGAUCGGUGAAAAGCAGAGAGACACGAUGUGAUGUCAUCUAGGCCAGUGACUCUCCCACCACCACCUCCACCACCACUACUACCAUCUGCCCAGUCGGGACAGUUGCCCCAGGCAUCAUCCUUCCACUACCCCUCCCCACCCCUGCCCCUCCAUGGUUUCUGUCCAUGUCUCUUCUCUCCGGUUUCUUCUCUCGUUCUAAGUGGUGACUCUGCUACAUUCAUCAGUUCUUCCUCUGCAACUAUGAGACUGUACAAAGGAACCAAAUUGAAACAACCCAGAGGAGAACUCUUUGUAUAUUUGCAUACAGUGUGUGUGAGACAGAGCGCACACUCCAGUUACAGACGGACGUUUCUGCCUUUUGCGUCAUAUCACAGAGUUUAAUACCCGAAAAACAAAGUAUCAUGAGGUUUAAAUGACAGAGAAUUUAAAUACAUGUCGGCACUUUUUAUUGAUAAAUUGAUUAAUCACUGACUGGCUGUCAACAUGUUUUUUUUUCUUUUCUUUUCUUUUCUUGAUAAAUUACGACACCAGAAGAGAAGUGGAGAGACGUCACAGUCAUAUUGCCAUGAGGUUUUAAUAGAGGCUUGUGCAGAUAUUUGUGAAGUCUUUUUCAGCAUUUGUGGUUGUCUAAAUCUUUAAGACCACUAACCUUGUGUUUUAUGUUUUGUACCAUGGGUUAAGUUUUCUGAUUUCCAUCCACAAACUGAGCCACAAAUGUGGCAAAUGUAAGCGCGUUCACUCUGUCUCGCCGGAUGAGGCGAAUGAGGUGCAGAUCAAAGUCAGCAGUGAGACAUGAAUUGUAAUUUACACAAAGGCUUCAGCACAAUCUGAAGUGUUUGUUUGCAUUUUUAUUUCUGAAAUUAUUUCAAAUGGUUAUUGAGAGAAAAGCUUAAAGUGAGACUAUGUAACUUUUGUUGAACAGUAGCCCUUUUACCAUAAGUAGAAAUGGUAAAAAAUAAAGUGCGUAAAGGUGGUAAAAUGGAGUUAUGAUGUCUGUUAUAAAGCAAUAUCUAGAUUAAGUUUGUUACAUUAGCUAACAUUUAGCAACCAAAAGCCACUUGUCACACCAAACCAAAUACAGUAAGGCUGUAAAACCCCUGAGUUUAUUAAACUACAUACGUGCAGCAUAUUUUAUUUGUUCUGAAUUCAGCUGUCUAUUUGUAAGAGCAACUUGUGUUAAUUUCAGAAGUUCCAUAGUCUCCCUGUAAGUCACAUCUGAUCAAUGAUUUAAUUGGAAAGAGCAGUAGUAGGGAUAAGAGUGAGGCCUGACUGCACAAAGGUUAACACUCACUAGUACUGUACAGACUGAAAGUUUGGCCAGUUUUUUUUUACAAUUAAGUGAUGCAUCUUUCUGAAUUCGACUGAAAACUUUUUUGUAAUUCAACCUGUGACACUUCACUGUAUGUGUAAUACUUUUUGAUUGACUUUGCACUCUGUUGACGGCGUCAGUGGGGGCUGAAACCUGAGAAAAGGUCAACAAAAGAGAAUCUGUUUUUUUUUAUUGAAUUGAACGGAACCAGUUGUAAAAUAAUUUGUUAGUGCUGUUAGCUAAUACCUCUCUGCUCACUAGUUCUUUAAAUCUGGUUCCAUGUGAUUCAUCAGUUUACAUCGUGGAGCCACAAUGACCAAAUGGGUACAAUGAUCCGGUUUCUUUUGACAUAAAAUGUUCAAAUGAGAAAGAGAGACAGAUUACCAGCGUGGACGGUGAAGCUUGAAAAAGUCAUUUUGGUCACUCAUACUUAAUUAACAUCCGGCUAAACUGUGAUUUGAGUAUGAUAUGAAAAGUUGGUGGGUACAGAAAGCUAAAAUAAGCUUCUUCUUCUUUUUUUUUUUUUUUAAAUCAAUGUUUUAAACUUUUUUCACUGCCCAAGAUGGAUUAUCAUCAUGUACAAAGGGUCAAUAUUCCUGUGAACAUUCUCCUUUCCCUUCCCUUACUGCAAAGUGUACAGCUCACAAAUGUAGCUCCUCUGUCUUGUAUGUGUAUUUGAUAUUAUUAUUAUUAUUAUUAAUUAUUAUUAUUAUUAUUAUUAUUUAAAGAUAAAUCUGGAGAGAAUUAUUGCAAAAGGGAGCAAUGGACUGAUGACGCACCAUCACAACUGAACAGAGAUGUUAUAUUUUGUUUCCGUGUUAGAUUGAAGCCAUAAGUGGGAGUACAAGAAGAUGCAUUUGUAAAUUGGAUCAUGUUUUCUGUUUUGUGGCAGUAUGUGGGACAUUUGUGAUGUGUUCAUUUUCUCUUUUUUAUUCUUGUAUUAUGUUUUUGUAAAUACACAGAGAAGUUCCAUGGGUUUUGAAUAUGCUGGUAUAAAGCUUCUCUUCCCUUAG